CAACCACACCGCUGAUCGUGGAGCAGACAGGAUUAAUUCUGUCAGUUUUCUUCUUCUCUACGGAUCGCUGUCUUCCACGCUCUAUAUAGCACCAUCUCUUGCAGUUACGUACCCAACCUUCCGCCUCCCUUCGUUACCCCACAAAGCCCGCCGCCGAUAAUCUUCCCCUCUUCCACCGCCCAGAACCACGAGAGCGAUUCGAUUCCAGGAGCUUCUUCGACUAGCUCUACAGUCUUUCCUUGUUGCUUGAAUGGGAGCUUCUUGCUCCUGACGACCAUCAAAAUGGUUCAGUCGCCGAUGCUCUCGUGUCCGCUCAAGCAGACCAACGAAAUCGAUUGGGUCCGGCCUCUUAAGGACUACAUCAGGCAGAGCUAUGGGGAGGACCCAGAACGAUAUGGACAGGAGUGCUCGACUCUUCACCGGUUGCGCCAGGAUAUGAGGGGCGCUGGGAAGGACAGUGCGACAGGGCGCGAUCUGCUGUAUCGAUACUAUGGACAGCUGGAGCUCUUGGAUCUGAGGUUUCCUGUUGAUGAGAAUCACAUUAAGAUUUCUUUUACUUGGUAUGACGCCUUCACCCACAAGCCCACUUCCCAAUACUCUCUGGCCUACGAAAAGGCAUCCAUCAUCUUCAACAUCUCCGCCGUCCUCUCGUGUCAUGCUGCCGACCAGAACCGUGCGGAAGACUCCGGUCUCAAAACUGCCUAUCACUCCUUCCAGGCAUCCGCCGGGAUGUUUACCUAUAUCAACGAGAACUUCCUACACGCUCCGUCGACCGACCUGAACCGGGAAACUGUCAAGGCCUUAAUCAAUAUAACUCUCGCUCAGGCACAAGAGGUUUUUCUGGAGAAACAGGUGGCCGAUCAGAAGAAGCCUGGGUUGCUUGCAAAGAUAGCGAGUCAAUCGGCUUAUCUUUUCACGCAGGCGGUAGAAGGGAUACAGGAGUACUCCAAGGGUGUCUUUGAGAAGGUGUGGUUGAUUGUCGUUCAGGCAAAAGCGGCGCAUUUAACGUCGGUGGCUUCUUAUUACCAAGCCCUGGCAGACAGUGAGAGCGGAUCGCACGGAGUGGCCAUUGCCAGGCUCCAACUCGCUGAGAAGCAUUCCUUGGCCGCACUCUCGUGGGCCAAAACAUUCCCGUCAUCGGUUCCUGUCAACUCGAAUCUGAGCAGCGAAUCCGGGUCCAAUCUUAUGGAUCUUAUCAAGUUCCACCUUGCGAAUGUCCAGGCUACGACUGCGACACUCGUCAAGGAUAAUGACUUUAUAUACCAUCACCCCGUCCCGAAUGAGGCUGGCUUAUCCGCCGUAGCAAAGUUUCCAGCAGCGAAAGCGAUCCCUGUCAGCGAGCUCUACCAAGGCCAAGAUAUCCAACGUAUUAUUGGACCAGAUAUCUUCCAGAAGCUUGUGCCCAUGUCCGUCACGGAGACGGCAAGUCUCUACGAUGAAGAAAAGGCCAAGUUAAUUCGAGCAGAAACCGAGAAGGUCGAAACAGCAAACGGCGAGAUGGCGGCUAGUCUGGACUAUCUCAAGCUCCCUGGUAGUCUGAACAUUCUCAAGGGUGGAAUGGACCAGGAGAUGACGGUCGACGACGAAUUCCGGCAAUGGUGCCAAGAACUUGCAGGUCAUCAGCCGUUUGUCAAAGCAUUUGAUAACCUGCAAGAUCGCAAGUUGGAAGUGACAACGCAGCUUGACCAAUGUUCCAAACAACUAGAUCUGGAGGAAAGCGUAUGCGAAAAGAUGCGCUCCAAGUACGGGGCUGACUGGAGUCAGCAGCCCAGUGCUCGAUUGAAUACCACCUUGCGUGGAGAUGUUCGAUCGUACCGAGACACAGUCAAUGAAGCGAGUGCCAGUGAUUCUCAACUUUUAUCUACUUUGCGGCAAUACGAGGGAGACUUUGAUGAGAUGCGCUCUGCUGGAGAAACAGAUGAGGCCGAUGUCCUCUUCCAGCGGGCUAUGAUUAAAGCCGGUUCGAAGAAUAGCAAAGGAAAGAACGGAAUGGGAAGCCCAUAUGCCUCAACACCAGAGGGAAGUCUGUUGGAUGAUGUGUAUGAUGAAGGUAGCAUCUCGGUGGCGGAUCAAAUAGCCAGAGUCGAGUCCAUCCUGAAGAAGCUCAAUUUGGUCAAACGAGAACGUUCUCAGGUCUUGAAGGAUCUUAAGGACAAGGUUCAUAACGACGAUAUCUCGAACGUGCUCAUCUUGAACAAAAAGUCGAUUACCGGCCAGGAAAGCCAGCUCUUUGAAGCCGAGCUGGAGAAAUUCCGGCCACAUCAGAAUCGGCUACUUCAGGCAAACCAUAAGCAAGCUUCUUUGAUGAAGGAACUCACGAAAAUAUAUGGCGACUUGCUACAGGACAAGCGAGUUCGAUCCGAACAGUCAAAAUAUGAAACCAUCACCCGUCAGCGGAAUACCGUCAUGGCCCGGUAUAAGAGAAUCUACGAUUCAUUCAACGGUCUACUAUCCGGGAUUGAGCAAGCGCAGACCUUUUACACUGAGAUGGUUGAGACCGUGGAUAGCUUGAAAAAGAAUGUCGAGACCUUCAUCAACAACCGAAGAUCCGAGGGAGCGCAACUGCUAGGCCAAAUUGAACGCGAGAGAGCCAACGGAUCAUCGGAUCAGGAAGACCGGGAACGAGAGAAGUUAAGGCAGUUGAUGGAGCGUCUGUCCACCGAACCGAAGCCAUCACCUACCCCAUCUUCGUCGUCGUCGGCUGCCGGGUCCAAGGCCAAGGCCAAAUCACCUCCACCUCCGGUCCAGAUCGCUGGAUACCCAAGCGCAGCCGCCAUGGCAUCUCCGAAGAUGUCGCCGCAUUACCCACCUGCUACUGGACAACAACAACAACAACAACAGCAACCGCAACACGGUGCUCCUCUCUCUCAUUCUCCUGCACCUUAUGGACAGUACAUACCUGGAACUGGUAGUGUACCCUACGGUCAAACAUUCCAACAAGGCGCCGCCGCACCUCUAUCGGAAGGCUACAACCCAAUGGCAUAUCCAUUCCAGACACCCGUCUCCCCUCCACCAAACCAGCAAUUCUUCUCGUCAACCCCCGCCCCAUACAGCGGGACCGGUACCCCCGCACCUUACCCUGGCUACCCUGCUCCCACCCCACCAGCAGGCUCCUCCCAGUACAUGCCACAAGGCUACGUCCCGCCUCCGCCGCCACCACGGCCCCAGCAGACGACAUACCCUACGUCAACGGGUCCCUUCCCCUCCGGCCCAGGAGGCUACGCCCAGAGUCGACCAUACGGAAGCAGCCAACACCACAAAGCCCAGUCGCAGUCUUCCUCAGCUGAUCCCUGGGCUGGUCUGAACGCCUGGAAAUAAAAUCAUACAAAUUGACCCUAUGCGGGAGAGGCAAAGUUCUAAAGUAUGAUAUAUAGACUUACGGGGAAUGUCAGUUGGUUUUUUGUGCACUUUAGGCGUUUUUUCAUGACUUAUCUUUUUUAUCUAUUUAUGUUUAUCUUUUUUAUAUGUUCUUGUCUAGCUGGUUAUGGUUUGAGUCAGUCAGCCUUGAGCCAUGGUUUUUUGAC